CAUAAAAAAAAAAACCCCAAACACCUGUCCCCCCGAAGACCCACCCCUCAAGACUGUCACAGAGUUCAGGAAACUCCCUUUUUUGAAGUCUUCAUUAUUUCCUUUAAUUUUCUUUCACAAACGAACCUGUGUCUGAAUCUCUGGACGACCAGGCAGUCUGUUUUUGAGCCCUUGAAGAGAAAGAUGAAGAUGAAGGCAGUGAAGCUACUUGAAGGCCUUGAUCAAGACCUUCAUGGUGCUGAACAGGUGGCUAAGAAGGAACUUGAGGAAGAAGAAGAAGAAGAAGGAGUUAAAGUGAACGGACGGCCUACGCUAAUGAAGAGUCCCAAAUCCAUGGAAGACAAUUUAACACUGACACAAUUGUCUAACACCCUUCAAACCCCAUCUCAGAUCACUACUUUCCCUUCUUCCCUGGUCUGCUCUCUCUCUAUCUCUCUCUCUCUCUCUCCCCCCCUGGUAUUCUUGAAUUGUGGACUACUAUCAGAUCUGGUUCGUUGUUGCAGGGCAAGCGAAAGAGGAAGCCCAAAUUGAUGACUGACGAUAUUUCUGAAAUCCUCAAUAAGAAGAAGAAGAGAAGCCCUUCGGCUUCCAAAUAUAAGAAUGUAGAACAUGAUCUUGCUAGCAGAUAUUUGGGCUGUAAGCACAAAAAAGCCUUAAUUGGUGGGUCAGAUAGUCCUAGUCAAGUGAAGUUGCCCACCGUCAUUCGAGCAGAGGAGGUUCAGACAAGCCUAGGAACUGAAUUCCCAAGUUUUGUCAAAUUGUUGGUUAGAUCACAUGUUGCUAGUUGUUUCUGGAUGGGUCUUCCUGGGACAUUCUGCAAGACACACUUGCCAAGAAAGGACACUACAGUUACACUGGAAGAUGAAAGUGGGGAACAAUUUGUGAUCAAAUAUCUUGCAGGAAAGACAGGACUUAGCGCAGGGUGGAGGAAUUUUGCCGUUGGACACAAAUUACUUGAAGGAGAUGUUCUGGUCUUCCACUUAAUGGAACCUAACAAAUUCAAGGUGUACAUAAUAAGGGCAAAUGAUUUGACUGAUGUGGAUGGUGCUCUCAGCCUCUUAAAUUUGGAUGCUCUUACAAAACAAAAUGAAUCAGAAAAUGCGGAGACAGUUCUUACUGUUCCUAAAAGCAAGAAGCAUCGUCCAAAGUCUCUUCCACUUACUGAGGUCCAAAAGAAGAAUAAAAGGGAAAAACUGUCAAUAUCAAUACAUCAAUUACCUCAGUCACUAGAACAAUCUGGAAAUGAGAGUGAAGAGGUUGGUUCGGAAGUUCUGGAAGGUUCUAAAUUCUCUGGGACUGCUGUUCGAUUCAAGGAUAUCAAAAGCUUUGAGGACUUCCACAUUAUGGUGAAUGGGAUGUGCAUAGACUCUGAAAUCCCUAAACACAUACAAAUCAAGUACUAUGAGCUCUGCCGCAGUAAGAAUGCAUACCUUCAUGAUCGUCUUCUCCCUGGCCUUUGCUGUACGCUGGUAGCAGGUAUUAUCUUCGAAAUUGUCAACAUUGCAGAUGCUAUUAGAGUUUGCAAGCUCACAACCUCCCGGUAUGAAUUUUCUGCGUGGGAGAAGUCCUUGAAGUCUUUUGAACUUUUGGGCAUGAAUGUUGGAUUUAUACGUUCCCGUGUUCGCUGGCUUUUAAGCCUCGCCUUUGACUCGGAAGGUGGUGCCUCAGACACAAAGAGAUACUUGGAAGCUAAAACUGAACGAAGUCGUGCUGAAAAUGAGAUUAAGAAUCUCGAAGCAAAACUUUUGGAAUUAAGAGAAGUCACUGUAAAAUCUGAUGCUAAUAUUGAGACUCUGAAAUCAAAGGCUGAGAGCUAUGAGCUAAAUUUUAAAAAAGAGGUCAGUGCUCCGUGGUAAUAUUCCCCAUUGCAAGUCCCAACAAUGUACUUUCUUUCGCAUGUCACUGGAGAAAAUGCCCAAGUGUAUAAGAUAUGUCAUGCUCGUGUUUGAGAACAAAACCAGGAAGUAGCAUCGUUAGUACUCGGCUAUGAGCUCUGCUUUACCUUGCUAGGUUUUUUUAUAUAGACAAUGCUGAAGUGAAACUUGAAAAGGAAUUAUGGCAGUGCUAUUUUGUGAUGUGAAUAUCUGCUGGGCUCCGAGAAGGAGCCUAAUGUGAAACUCUCUCCCUCCCUGGCCUAAGACAUUUUUCUUCUGUUUCUGUAGUUUAACUCUUAAUGAAAUAGUUUUCAUGUAGCUUUUCUCGGAAGUGGAAGGAGAGAUACGACAGUUUCUUCUGACAAUGAUAUUCCUGAAUCAGCUGGAGAAUUUCCAAUUUUGUUAGCAGCAAACAGGUUAGAGCGUGUUAAUUAAUUUGAGUUGAUCUACGGUGAUAAAGAAGCAAGCAAAGUGGCAGAUGGUUUGGCAAAAGAGCAGUGAUGUUCUGGCUCGGUCAGUUACUGGAAGAACGCUCCAUCUGCUGAUUUAUGGAAUGCAAAGUCUCAGAAUUAUAAACAGUGCUCAUUUUCUUAUGCCAGUAUUCUGGUAGUCUUGUUUUGAUCCUUUUCAUCCAGAGGAAGGAAUCAUGGGAAACAAGCUCCGACCUUGUUCAUAGACUUUGAGUUCAGGUUGUGCAGUUGGAUGCACUCGCAGCUGUCCAAUGAGGCUGUGUAUUGUUUGCAUGUAUCAAUGUUUUCUUGAUAGGAAUUAGCUUAUGUCAAUGUGAUUGUGCUAUGCACCUACUAAAUACUGGCAAUAUCAGAUGUUCUGCAUAUGAUCUAAAUCUGAGAGCCUCAUUUGUUCCUCGCCCGGGUGGAUUAUGAUUGUCUAUUCAACCAUUUAUAUAACCAAAAUCACGAUAGGCAACACAAGAAGGUGAAUGCAAAGCUGGGACUCAGCUUAUAGACUGCGGCUUCAGUUUUUUUUUGGCAGGGAUGCCAACCCACGGGCUGUUUCGGUGCUGCUAUUAGCAUUAGCACAAGAACUGUCCCCGUGUGGUUGAGAGUUGAGACCAUUGUCUAUGAUAUUGAAGAAACACCAG